AUGGACAUGUUCAAUCUGGAACACCAGACCGCAGUGAUAUCAGGAGCGGCUCAAGGCCUUGGUCUUGCGUUCGCGGAUGCCUUAGCAGCAGCAGGAUGCAAUAUCGCCGUGCUGGAUAUUCUUCAGGAGCCAUCGCCGGCAUUCUACGAACUGCAGUCCAAAUAUAACGUCAAAGUCAAGUACUACAGUGUAGACAUCUCUGUCCGCAGCCAGGUUGCUAACACGAUCUCCAAAAUCGUGCAAGACUUCGGCAGUAUCAACAUCAACAUCAAUGCCGCCGGAAUUGUGAAAGAGCAGCCUUUCCUGUCAACCUCAGACGAGAAUCUCCAACGGACUUUCGCUGUAAAUGUCAAUGGGUCUUUCCUUGUAGCGCAAGCAUGCGCAAAUACCAUGGUCGAACGAUACAAAUUGCAGCACGGCGACACGCCUGCAAAGGACGCAGCAACUGGGAGUAUCGUCUUCAUCGCUAGUAUCGCCACGUACAUCGCCAGCACAGUGCAGCAAAUAUCAUGCUAUACGGCGUCAAAAGCAGCUAUCAAGGGCCUCGUGAAGCCAGUGGCAAUGGAAUUAUCCCGUUACGGAAUUCGAGUCAACAGUCUCAGCCCAGGAUAUACGAUGACUGAUAUGAUGAGAGGCUUGCAGUCCCAGCAACAUGAUCUGGUCAAGCAAUUCGAGCAGGAGACCUUGUUUGGAAGAAUUGCGCUGCCAGAGGAAUUGACAGGCGCUAUGUUGUGGUUGUGCUCCUCUAAAGCCAGCAAUUGGUAUACUGGACAGGAUUUGCUCCUGGAUGGCGGUGCAACUUCGUGGAAACAUCCCGCAAUUUUAAAUUGA